AUGUCUUCUGUAAAAAGAAGUCUGAAUCAAGAAAUAAUAUCCCAGUUUCACUAUUCAGCUGCAGAAGGAGAUAUUGCCAAGUUAACAGCAAUACUCAGUCAUUCUCCAUCUCUUCUCAAUGAAACUUCUGAAAAUGGCUGGACUGCUUUAAUGUAUGCUGCAAGGAAUGGGCACCCAGAUGUUGUCCAAUUUCUACUUGAGAAAGGGUGUGACAGAUCCAUUGUCAACAAAUCAAGGCAGACUGCACUGGAUAUAGCUAAAUUUUGGGGUUAUAAGCAUAUAGCUAACUUAUUAGCUAAUGCUAAAGGGGGGAAGAAGCCUUGGUUCCUAACCAAUGAAGUGGAAGAAUGUGAAAAUUAUUUUAGCAAGACACUACUGGACCGGAAAAGUGAAAAAAGAAAUAAUUCUGACUGGCUGUUAGCAAAAGAAAGCCAUCCAGCCACAGUUUAUAUCCUUUUCUCAGAUCUAAAUCCCUUGGUUACUCUAGGUGGCAAUAAAGAAAGUUUUCAACAGCCAGAAGUCAGGCUUUGUCAGCUGAACUACACAGAUAUAAAGGAUUAUUUGGCUCAGCCUGAGAAGAUCACCUUGAUUUUCCUUGGAGUAGAACUUGAAAUGAAAAAAGAGUUUUUUAAUUAUGCUGGGGAAGUCUCAAAAGAAGAAGAAGAUGGGUUGGUUGCCUGGUUUGCUUUAGGUAUAGAUACUGUUGCUGCUGAAGAAUUUAAGCAAAGGCAUGAAAAUUGUUAUUUUCUUCAUCCACCAAUGCCAGCUCUUCUGCAAUUGAAAGAAAAAGAAGCUGGGGUGGUAGCUCAAGCAAGAUCUGUUCUUGCCUGGCACAGUCGGUAUAAGUUCUGCCCAACCUGUGGAAAUGCAACUAAAAUUGAAGAAGGUGGCUAUAAAAGAGUAUGCUUAAAAGAAGACUGUCCUAGUCUCCGUGGUGUUCACAAUACAUCAUACCCAAGAGUUGAUCCGGUGGUAAUCAUGCAAGUUAUUCAUCCCGAUGGGACCAAAUGUCUUUUAGGCAGGCAGAAGAGAUUUCCUCCAGGCAUGUUUACUUGCCUCGCUGGAUUUAUUGAACCUGGGGAGACAAUAGAAGAUGCUGUUCGGAGAGAAGUAGAAGAGGAAAGUGGAGUCAAAGUUGGCCAUGUUCAGUAUGUCUCUUGUCAACCGUGGCCAAUGCCCUCCUCCUUAAUGAUUGGUUGCUUAGCUGUGGCAGUGUCUACAGAAAUUAAAGUUGACAAGAAUGAAAUAGAGGAUGCCCGCUGGUUCACUAGAGAACAGGUUGUGGACGUUCUGACCAAAGGCAAACAGCAGGCAUUCUUUGUUCCACCGAGCCGAGCUAUUGCACAUCAGUUAAUCAAACACUGGAUUGGAAUGAACCCCAAUCUCUAA